GAGGCCCGCUCCCUGCUUGGCACGCAGCGCACCAAGUGGGCUGAGGAGACCGAGGGCUGGACGUGGUACACCUGGCUGAGCUUCUACAUUCCCUUCUUUGGCUGGAUCCGCACCUACCAGUGGAGGAACUGGCUGCUGUGGGAUGUUGCCGCCGGCCUGUCCACCGGCGCCAUGGUCAUCCCCCAGGGCAUGUCGUACGCCAACCUGGCGGGCCUGCCCUACGCCUUUGGCUUGUACGGCGCCUUUGUUCCCUGCAUCGUGUAUGCCUUCUUCGGGACAUCCAAGCAGCUGGUUGUUGGUCCUGUGGCGGUCACCUCCAUCCUGCUGGGCAACGGCCUGUCCGACUUCAUGCCGUCUGAGGAGGACCCCAACAACCCGGUGGACGCCCAGGUCCAGGAGAACUACAACCACGCCGCCAUCCAGAUUGCCUUCAUCGCCGGCUGCUUCUACUUUGCCUUCGGCCUGUUCCGCAUGGGCUGGAUCACCAACUUCUUGUCGAGCGCCAUGAUCUCUGGCUUCAUGUCUGGCGCCUCCAUCAUCAUCGCCCUGUCCCAGGCAAGCACCAACUGGGCUGGCGUCAAGUACAUUCUGGGCCUGAAGAUCCCUCGCACCGACACCCUCCAGGACUCUCUGGACGAGCUGUUCAGCAACCUGAGCCAGUUCAAGUGGCGCGAGUUCUGCAUGGGCAUGUCCUUCAUCUUCCUGCUGCUCGCCUUCCAGUACCUGUCCCGCACCUACAAGCGGAUGGCUUACCUCAAGGCGCUGGGCCCGCUCACCGUGUGCGUCAUCUCCAUCGCCCUCAUGAACAUCUUCAACUGGUAUGAGCCCAAGGACAAGCCCUACAUCAAGCCCAUCGGCAACAUCCCCAGCGGCCUGCCCAGCUUCACCGGCAGCUGGUGGCUGCCCCUGUUUGACGUUGGCCGCCAGAUGACGCUGGCUGUGCUCAUCUGCAUGAUCGAUGUGUGCGAGUCCAUCUCCAUUGCCAAGGCGCUGGCCAAGGUGAACAAGUACCAGCUCAACUUCACCCAGGAGCUGCGCGGCCUGGGCAUUGCCAACAUCGCGGGCGCCCUGUUCAGCGCCUACACCACCACCGGCUCCUUCUCCCGCUCCGCCGUCAACAACUCUGUCGGCGCCCAGACCCCUCUGGCCAACAUGACCACCGGCCUGAUGAUCAUGGUGACCCUGCUGUGGAUCACCCCGGUGUUCAAGAACAUGAGCCAGAACGUGCAGGGCGCCAUCAUCAUUGUGGGCGUGCUGCAGCUGUUUGACUACCCCGAGUUCCUGUACCUGUGGAAGAUCAACAAGUUUGACUGGCUCGUCUGGGUGGCCUGCUUCCUCACCACCCUGUUUGCAGGCGUGGAGAUCGGUAUCGCCGUUGGCGUGGGCCUGUCGCUGGUGGUGGUGAUCUACAAGGUUGCCUUCCCACGCAUCACCCAGCUGGGCCGCCUGCCAGGCACCAACAUCUACCGCAGCAUCCUCAUGUAUCCCGAGGCAGAGACCACCCCUGGCGUGCUGGUGCUGCGCAUCGAUGCAGCCAUCCAGUUCUUCUGCUGCGAGGCAAAGUACAUCCGCAAAGCUGUGCAAAAGCGUCGGGCACAAGACAAGCAGUCUGGCGACCCCGUACGGGUGGUGGUGCUUGAUCUAGCACCUGUGACAGACAUCGACGCCACUGGCAUCCACUUCCUGAGCGACUUCCUGGACGAACUUCAUGACGAUUCUAUCGGGCUCGUGCUGGCCAACCCCAACAAGCGGGUGCUGCUGGCACUCAUGCGCGCACACCUGGAUCACAAGAUUGGGCGCCAGAACAUCCGCGUCGACAUUGCUGAUGCAAUCGGCCAGGCAACGUACCUGGUGGAGGGCCGCAGGACUGAGGCGGUGUAGGCUGGAUGAGCUGCCGCCGGUGUGCCAGUGGCCACUGGGCCCAUGGGCAGCGCCCCGUCAAGAUAAAAAAUGCUAGCUGCAUCCUGCUCAGCACGCACUAGCAACAGUACCACACAGUCAUUGAAGUUCCUUUCAGAUUCCGCCUUCAGGCGACAAACUCAACCCAGCGCGCCGUUUUUUCAGAAGAGCGUCCAUCUCUUCUUCAUCGAGCCCCGAUUUCAAGUGCCGUCGUCUCAAGUACCCCCCUUGUUCUGUCUAUCAUCAUUCCUGCAGAUUCCCAGCAGCACAUGCUAGCGUUCAACUCCUUUGUUCUGCCGUAGCUCGUCGAAUCCCCAGCAACCGCCGCAUGCAUGACGGCGCUACCGCCACUCCAUUUUCGUAUCAUAGCGGCUCCAUCUUGUAUCAAUCAAACAAA